CACUGGCACUGUGACGUAAAUUGUGCUCUUGUUAGUAAUAUCCAGGUGCAUGAAUUAUCGUGAUGUGCGGAGAUCCCCUCCGAACCCCUUUCUAUGGAAGUCCCAAAACCCGUUCCUAUGAUCUUAGACAUAUCUACCUCCCCUGUUCCCGGAAGCACUCGCAUCCUCACGCAUCUUCAUCCCAUCUCUGUAGCUCUGUCCGGAUCAUGCCGACUCUGCAUCCCGGAUCCUGAGACGCGGAUCCACGCGCCAUCGUCGCAUGGACCAGUACUUUGUGAUUCCGGCAGCUAUGCAUCCCCCAAUUUUGAAACACCGCGCAACCCGGAGUCGUUCGAGGCUGAACGUGGAGGAUGGGAAAGGUCGCCUACUACAUUUCUGCAUUAUCAUCGUUGGCGAUCCGAGCGUUGUUGGAUCUGAGACUCGAUUGCGCUGUGUUGUCGUCACACCCGUGCUCUGCCAACCGUGACGCGGUCCCGGCGCCGCGAGGUAUCACUUUCAUGGGAGGCUCAAUAUGGGAAUUUCACAUUUGCGGAUUGACGCAUCGUGCGUCGGGUUUGAGCAAAGCUUUACCUUGGGCGAAAUGUAAGGAGGUGGUCACCGGCUCAGUUCCAGGGGUAUAUAGGCUCUCCCUUGCUCGUCUCACAGCUCACUUCCUCAGACAAGAAAAAAAUCGAGUUUUGCGCUUAACUCGAUGCCACCUCCGCCGCCAGUACCCAAGCGCGCCCCUUUCCGGCCUCGCCAAUUCUGCCGAUCGCCAACCCAGCACCUCCAAAAACCAACGUCAACCGAACACCCUCAAAACCACCACCACGACACCACCCACGCCGCAACCCCCUCCAAAACAACCCCUCUCGCUCUUCCCCCACCCAGCUCCUCACCCACCCCUCGCAACGGCAUCACUGGCCCCUUCCCACCCCGGCCCCCCACCCCGCGCGCCCGCCGGACCACCCUCGUGUCCGCCGCCCAUCCCAGCCGUGGACGAACCCGCGCCUCCGCCCGCCUCGUGGCCCAUCUCCCACUUCUCCUCCUCGCCGACCUCCCCCUUUAACCCACCACCAACGACCGCAAACCCGCGCCUCCCCGCGCCCUCCUCCCAGCCGCCCUACCCGACCCCCCCCCGGCGCCGCGCGCCGUCGCUGGUCCCUCUACAACGCUUUCGCGCCUGCGCUCCUGCCCCAGCUACCGGACCCGCGCACGCAGCGGCUUGCUCGAAGCGCAGCGGGCUACGCGGCUGUGGAAUCCGAGUAAUAGCACGCCGCGCAUGCGUCGGCUGACGACGACGACCACUACAACGGAGAGAAGGGCGCGUGGGAGAGCGCGGUCAGGAGCGAGUGUUGCGCAGCCAGCGAUUCCGCGCGGCAUCCGCAGCUGACGAAGGGGGAGAUUGAAGGAGAGAUUCAGGGUGCGGGGGAUAUUGAGUUUAUUGGCGGGAAGGAUAAGGGUGGUGCUGGUGAUUAUCCGCUGCUGAGUUUGAGGGAGCAGAGGUUUAGUCGGGAUUCGAGCGGACGGAGUAAUCGCGUUAGUCUGCCGAGGAGCGUGACAUGGAUUGAUAUACGGCGCAGUUUUAGCCUUGUGGCUGAGGAUUUUGCGGCAGGUGCGACGGUAGAGCACGGCGAUAAGGGAAAGGGAAAAGAUAUCGAAGGAAACAGACGAGUAUAUAUUAAGCGACGAUCAACGGGCUACCGCAAACGGGGACAGUUAAUUGCCUCGUUGCAAACACCCGUCGAGCUAUCACCGACGUUUAAAGCAGGACAUCGGACCACCUCUCGCGCACACCACAAGAAACUACACAAUGGCCGAUCUCGAAAGCGGUCCACCCCCCUCGCAAUCCCAAUCCCAAAACCCCUACCACGACCACGACACCACCGACAAUCUCGCCUCCUUAACUUCCACACACACCUCCAUCCACGGCUCCGACCGCCCCAUCGCCCCCGGCGCCGACGACGCCUGGGAUGCUUCCCUCACUUAAACCCCUACGUCCCCACCGACUCCGUCGCCUACGCAAACACGCGCAUCAUCCGCAUCCCACGCGACUGGAUGAUCGCCGGCG